AUGUACGACGUCGAUGGAUUUUGCGACGCGGAAAAAUUCAGGGAGUCUGACGAAUCCGUUUAUCCAACGAAUACGUCCGUUGUCAUUCGUGUUGCUUUGACAAUUCUCUUGCGUGCGGGUUUUUUACUAGUGCAAGUUGGAAAUAUUCCAGUGAGCAAUGUCAACCUCAUUCUGCUGCACAAUAUCGUGGAGAUCACCUGGGUGACAAUUUGUUACAUUCUGAUGGGUUCGGCUGUAGCAUCCACUGGAGAUGGUGAUGGAUUUUUGGGUGGGGGAUAUUGGAUUGGUGAUGAUAGAAUUGAUAGGGAAAGGAUCGUGAUUAUUUGGCAGAGGGUUCUGGUGGCCUCUGGCAUUUUUACCAACUGCAUAGCUGGAAGAAUGCAUACGGUUGGGACUUUGGUGAUUGGAAUAGUCUUCGGGGGGUUUUUGCAACCGCUGAUCAUGCACUGGGGUACCAACGGAUGGAUGAUUCGGAAUUCAGUGAGGGAUGGUACUUCAGGGUUUAUAGACGAUGGAGGUGGAGCUCUGGUUCAUGCCACUGGUGGUCUUUUAGGGCUCGUUGGGUGUCUCGUACUGGGAAGAAAAGUCGAUGGCACUGGGGUCGAUGCCAAUGCUGGGGUCACCUUUGCUGGAUAUUUUUUCAUUCUUCUUGGCCUCCAGAGCUUGAAGAUGUCGAAUCCCUCCGGUGAAAAAUUUCCAUCGAAUGAAGGUGAAACCCAUUUGACGAUGAUCAACAAUCUUCUGUCGAUAUCCACAUGUGCUAUCGUGACAAUAGCAUUUCAUUUUUUUGGGGGCGAGCGGUUUAAUCGGGAAACGGUAAUGAGGUGUGUGCAAGGGAUGAUUGCAGGGGAUGUUGUUGUCUCUGCUGGUGCAAAUAUUUAUCCACCCUACGUAGCUCUAACUCUCGGUGCUGUUAACGGAAUUAUUUUCUACUUCACCGUGAGAAUAAUCACACAGAGUGCCGUUGAGGACUACUGUAACUCAAUUUCAAUUCACUUGGUAUCUGGAUUACUCGGUGCACUUGUUGUACCAUUUUUCAAGAAGUCCCAGGAUAAAUUUAACGUUAUUAACUCAUUACUCGAUUUUUCCUGGCAACUUAUCUGCCUUCUCUCCAUAAUUGGAGCAAUUAUCCUGAUCAUGACGUCUUUAUUUAUGGGGCUACGGUGUUGUGGGGUUUUGAGAAAUCGCUCUGAGCAUUUGAGCCAUUUGAGAGCAGCAGUUACCAACGGACAAACACCUCGAUCUCUCAUCCAGAGGUUGUUUUAUCCUGACGUUCAGGCUUCUUUGAUGCUCCCUGGAACACAGCCAAGUCGGGAAUCAGAAACUGUUACUGAUUCACGCUCUGUCAAGCACGAAUCUAGUGUAGCCAGACUUGAAAUGCCCGAUCAGGGGAUAAUCGAUUCCAAGGUUCAACACAAUAAUGCUGUUGUGGUUCAACCAGAAUCGAAACUGAGGAAAGUAAGGAACAUCCACACAAUUAGGUCCAUGGAUAACUUUGAAAACAAUACUCCGAUGAGUAUUAUGACGACUCAUGAACUUCAUAGAACUUUCAGUACAAUGGAUAUCAGUAAAGAAAGGAGUAUUGAACACGUUGAUGUUGAAGUUCUGGUCGAGCCGAGAUUCAGUCUUGAGAGCAGUGAAUCGGAGGAGAAUAUUUUCCAUCGAAAGAAUUCUGUAACGAGAUAUCAGUGGGAAGUGGACUUGGGGGGUGGUGAUCGGAGUUUGAAAUAA